UGCAGGUGUGUGACACUCGCUGUCUCCUGCCUCUGCCAGGAUCGCCAGGGAAGACGCUGCUCCGCCCGCACUUGGUGGCGGCCGCCCGAGGAUUCUUGUCCGCGGAUUUCCCACCCAGGGCAUAACCUUCAGUAACAGAACAAAUCAGGCCAGCCAGCAAGCUGCCAGGUCCUGCCGGCGCCUUGUCAAAGAACCCAGCUGGACCCAUUUCUAAUCAACAUCUCCCAACAUAACAUCUCUGGGUCACUGAAGGAGACUAGACCAGAAUUUGAAAUUUUCCAAAGAUUUCCAAUACACAUUGAAUGCAAAAGGAUACUUAGGUUGCCUUCACAGAGCUCUGCUGUAGUUGAGAGACAUAGGGAGAGAAUACAGGCGUCACCUCUAUCCAAGAAGUCACAUGAACAUGUUCCACAUUUAAACCUCUGCUCAUAAAAUGGAUGAUGGUUAUUGAAACAGCUCAAACCUUUACCACGGUGCGCAAAAUAUAGCUCAAGAGGCAACCAGGCAGUCCCGGAACCGAGGAAUGGAUGACUACAAAUAUCAGGACAACUACGAGGGCUAUGCCCACAAUGAUGGCUAUUAUCGUGGCAAUGAGUCCAACCCAGAAGAGGACGCGCAGAGUGAUGUCACAGAAGGCCAUGAUGAGGAGGAUGAGAUCUACGAGGGCGAGUACCAGGGCAUCCCUCACCCAGAUGAUGUCAAGGCCAAGAAGACCAAGAUGGCGCCCUCCAGGCCAGCCGGCCUGCGGGGCCAGGCAGACCUGAUGGCCGAAAGGAUGGAAGAUGAGGAGCAGUUGGCUCACCAGUAUGAGACCAUCAUUGAUGAGUGUGGCCACGGGCGCUUCCAGUGGACCCUUUUUUUCGUCUUGGGUUUGGCCCUGAUGGCUGAUGGGGUGGAGGUGUUUGUGGUGAGUUUUGCCCUGCCUAGUGCAGAGAAGGACAUGUGCCUGUCCAGUUCCAAGAAAGGAAUGCUGGGGCUGAUAGUCUACCUGGGAAUGAUGGCGGGGGCCUUCGUCCUGGGGGGCCUGGCCGAUAAGCUGGGGAGGAAGAGAGUUCUCAGCAUGUCCCUGGCCCUCAACGCCUCCUUCGCCUCCCUCUCCUCCUUUGUGCAGGGUUACGGAGCCUUCCUCUUCUGCCGACUCAUCUCAGGCAUAGGUAUUGGCGGAGCUCUGCCCAUUGUUUUUGCCUAUUUCUCUGAAUUCUUGUCUCGGGAGAAGCGAGGAGAGCACCUCAGUUGGCUGGGCAUCUUCUGGAUGACAGGGGGCAUCUAUGCGUCUGCCAUGGCCUGGAGCAUCAUCCCACACUACGGCUGGGGCUUCAGCAUGGGCACCCACUACCACUACCACAGCUGGAGGGUGUUUGUCAUCGUCUGCGCUCUGCCCUGCACCCUGUCCAUGGUGGCCCUGAGGUUCAUGCCAGAGAGCCCGCGGUUUCUGCUAGAGAUGGGCAAACAUGACGAAGCUUGGAUGAUCCUCAAGCAAGUCCACGACACCAACAUGAGAGCUAAGGGGACCCCGGAGAAGGUGUUCACGGUUUCCCACAUCAAAACUCCCAAGCAAAUGGAUGAAUUCAUUGAGAUCCAGAGUUCAACCGGAACUUGGUACCAGCGCUUUCUGGUCAGAUUCAAGACCACUUUCAAGCAGGUCUGGGAUAAUGCCCUGUACUGUGUGCUGGGACCCUACAGGAUGAACACGCUGAUUCUGGCCGUGGUCUGGUUCACCAUGGCUUUAAGUUACUACGGACUGACGGUUUGGUUCCCCGACAUGAUCCGGUAUUUUCAGGAUGAAGAAUACAAGUCCAAAAUGAAGGUCUUUUUCGGUGAGCACGUGUACGGUGCCACGAUCAACUUCACGAUGGAAAAUCAGAUUCACCAACAUGGGAAGCUGGUGAAUGAUAAGUUCACAAAGAUGUACUUUAAACAUGUUCUCUUUGAAGACACGUUCUUUGACGAGUGCUAUUUCGAAGAUGUUACAUCCACUGAUACCUAUUUCAAAAAUUGCACCAUUGAAUCUACCAUCUUUUAUAACACAGACCUCUACGAGCAUAAGUUCAUCAACUGUCGGUUUAUCAACUCUACCUUUCUGGAGCAGAAGGAGGGCUGUCACAUGGACUUCGAGCAAGAUAACGACUUCCUGAUUUACCUCGUCAGCUUCCUGGGCAGCCUGUCUGUUCUGCCUGGGAACAUCAUUUCUGCCCUGCUCAUGGAUAGAAUGGGAAGGCUCAAGAUGAUCGGUGGCUCCAUGCUGAUCUCGGCGGUCUGCUGCUUCUUCCUGUUUUUUGGCAACAGCGAGUCUGCGAUGAUCGGCUGGCAGUGCCUGUUCUGCGGGACCAGCAUUGCUGCCUGGAAUGCUCUGGAUGUGAUCACGGUGGAGCUGUAUCCCACCAACCAGAGGGCAACGGCCUUCGGCAUCCUCAAUGGAUUAUGCAAAUUUGGAGCCAUUCUAGGAAACACCAUCUUUGCUUCUUUUGUUGGGAUAACCACAGUGGUCCCCAUCCUUCUGGCUGCCACCUCUCUUGUUGGGGGCGGCCUGAUCGCUCUUCGUCUGCCAGAGACUCGAGAGCAGGUCCUGAUGUGAACCAGCUGUGGGGAAAGGAAAUCUUGGAAGAACCUUUUCUGGGAACCUUCGAGGCGUCCACACUUCCUAUCUAUCACCGUCCAGAGGACUUCGGAUAGCACCGGAGGAGAUGUUGAUUUUGUGACCCCUAGUUUAGGACCCAUUUCAGCUUCAAGAUGUUUGUAACUCAGGUGACUGAUUUGGGGGGGUCAUGAGCCACCCUGAUAAUCUCAGAGCUGUGUGCUUGGUUUCAGGCUUCCCAAGGCAGGGGAGGAGGACUCACACCCUCCGGUGGGUGUGCCUGCUGAGCCAGGAGCGUGCAUUGCCCCAAAUGCGGCGCAAGGACUUAUUUGCAUUUCCAAAUGAAUUUGAGCUUGAGAACACUCAGGCUCUUUCAAAAAUUUCCUCCAAGCCCAAUGACCUAACAAAUUGACUUGACAAGAAGUUAGAGUCAUCCUAUAAAUAUUGGGCUUGGAGUACAGGACACAUGUAUUUUUGCAUUUAAAAGAAUCACCUGUCAUAUUUUCCAUUUGAAAAUUGGCACAACAGCAGUGAAGAUACUCAGCUAUAGAAAACCAAAUAUCUGAGCAUUAUCUAUAGAAACCUGCUACCCCUCUCCCCACCAAGUGUCCUGAGCUUUUCAGGAUGAUUAGGUGAUACAAUUUAAGAAUGAUAUUUAUUCCUAUUUUGAUCUAUUCAAAGAAACUUAAUGGGAUAGGUAUUCUGUAAACUAACUUUGUACAUAACUGUAUUUGGGUUUAAUUUGCAGAAAUAGUAUCUGCAAAUAUUUGCCAACAUUAUAGCCAUAUUACGGGAGGACUUGGUGUUUGAGGUCCCAGGAUAUUGGGUCUCAUCAAAUGAAAUGCAAGCACAAUUUCUUAUAGCCAUUUAACUUGCUGUGGGGAGGAUGCGCUCAGCAAAUCACAUUGUGCAGUUCAUUUAAUGUAGGCACUUCUCUUCGUGUAGGUGGAGAGCUUCCCUCUCUUACACAGAUCACUUGUGAAACCCAAGCUCCCUGUCUGCAGUACUGGCAUUUGACUUUUCUGCUCACCCAGAAACAGCAUGAGGAGUGGUCAGUAGCCUCUGGCAUUGUCUUUGUAGGUGAGAAUCAAACAGGGUGGACAGCAUGUGGGACGGAGGGAAGGAUGGGGAAGUGUAGCCGCAGUUCUUCAAAGUGGAAAUUCUCCCUCUUCCUUUCAGGAGCAAAACAUGAUCCAGAUUAGUUACAAUGGUCAGGUCCCAUGAGAAAUCUAUGCUCUGUAUCUUGGUUCAGGACUUUGGAAACAGAUGUCAUUGACAAGGGAGUAGGGGGUGGCGUGGAUGUCAGGUAAGCUCUCCUUGAGAGCUCUGAGAAGACUCUUUCCUGAGAUCCAGUUUGGAACAUGAAUUGGGGCCGGGGGCGUGUUGAGGAACCCAGGACACAUGCUACUCUGGCAAGGGUCAGCAAUAGGCUGAAGUCUGGACUACUUAGAAAGGGAUCAACGUUUUAUCCAUCAGAACUGUUCUGCAUGGAAGGAACAGUGAGCUAUGAACGUGUGACAGUGGAGGUGACCUUACCUGGGCCAGGUGAAUAUCAACCAGCAUUUGAGUCAAUGAGCAGCACUCAAUGCUUCAAGGUGCCUCGCUUUCCGUACCAGAAGUCUCUGAAAACUAAAAACAAUUAUGAUGGUUGUGCUGAGUGUUUUCUCAGUUUUAGAGAAAUGCUUGGGUCCCCAUAUAGCUUCAGGCCAUCUUUCUAUUGUUCUCCAGAGUAACAGGUAGACGGGGAAAGAGUACAUUCUGUGGCAUCUUUCUGCCCUGCAGUUGAGAUCACUUUUAAUGGUUGAAAUGUUUACUCUGCUUCUCUUGUCCUUCACCUCUUUAUUUACCCCCUUUUUCCCUGUACAGUGAAGACACAUCUACUCUCCCAUUUUAUAUCCUGAUACUCCCAAAUAUAUAAACAUACCACUAUGUAUUAAUGUUUUUCUCAGUGCUUUAUAGAGGUGACCUCACAGAGACGCUAUGUCAAUAAUGAGAGACCCAAUGUAAUAUACCUGUAAUAUACCUGCCACAACCUUAUGAUGUGAAAUACAGUGGCCAGUUCACACGAGAGAGCUGUGUAAGCCUAGGAUUGCUACGUCCUUUAGAGCAGGGGCCUAAUGAGCAGCUGUCACAUAAGAAAUUUACAAGGCAGUUAGAGUCUGCCUGUCUAGUGAAGGUGGAUCUUGUAAAUCUAAAAUGUGAUUAAUUUUUUAGUGUUGGGGUGGCUACAAUAAUUUGGGGGUCAACGCCUUUUGAUUUCUGAGUGCUAAGUUCUGCAUUAUCUUCCUGGCUUGUGGCACCACCCACCUGGAGAACCGAGGGCAACUCUCAUCUCAUCCGUGGUCUGUAGACGUUCCCCCACGAAAGGCUUUCUGGCACAGGAGCGUGCCUGCUUCUCAAACGCUGCCACUCCUGUUGAGAUAAAUGCUUCUUUAAAUAUCGUCUCUGUGGCAGGACAUUGGGGGUGGGGGUAGGGUCCAGCAUUCCUGGCCACCCCCUUCUUUUUCAUUUUGUGUUCUAACCAGAGGAACUCCCAACGGCAUCUGUGGAGAAGUAAAGGAAUGAGGUUCUCCUUCCUUGGGCAAAUCUGUUCACAGUUUACGAUGUAUUUUAUGACGUCCAGUUUGGGAGUAGUUACUUUUAGUAGUCUCCGCUGUAUUGUGUCCUUUCCUGAUGCUGAUUUGAAAUCUUUUGUUUUAUUGAAAAUACCUGGUGAACGGAGUGUGUCAAUUUGUGAAGUUUUUAGCACAUGAGCCCGAGGUCAUGUUACAAAUCACCCCGUGCCUAGGGUCUCCUGGUACCUUGUGUUAGUUCAUUUAAAAAAUAAUAAAAAUAAUUGCAAACAAACCUUUAAGAACUGAGGCUAGAGAUUAUUUUCAGAUUCUAAGGUCUCUUCUGGUUUCCUACAUGGGCAUAAUCAGCUCGGAGGAACACCAGGAAUCAUUUCCUUUAACUUUGCUUUUCACAGGGGGGCCUGGAAAGGUUAAAUGAUGUGUCCAAGGUGAAGUGUAGUACAGGGAGUGGGUUACAAGGCUUAUGCUCGCUCUGUAAUUUUGAACUGAUUCCUCAGUCACUGAUGUCCUACUACAGGACCCCCCACAGAGUCUUUGGGGAAUGGGACAAUGUGACCAACCCUUACCUUCCAUUUCCUGAGGCCAGUCAUUGAAAGCUCCCUUGAUUGGUUGACCUAAAAUGAAUGAAAGGAUCAGAAAAAUCAGUA